CAAAGAUAUUUUGGCCCAUUUCAGUAUUGAUUUUAUUUUGGCCCACUUUGUAAAAAUAUCCACCAAAUGUAGUAAUAUCUUUGAAAAACUCUUCCGCAGUAGGUAAUUUAAUGUGAUUAGCUUUCAAUUUAUGCAACAUGGGUUACUUAACAUCGAUUAAAUCCAUAAAGUUUGUUUGGUGGGCCAAGAUAUAUGAAGUGGCCAAAAUACCUAUAUUGCCCUAACUUUCCAUCCAUCGAAUUUUGAAAAGGGUAAAAUUUGGUAAUAUUUAACUACUCGACCAAAAAUAACAGUUCGACUGUCAAAUUCUAACUAAAAGUUAAAAUAAUUCGCGAAAUUUUUCACGGACUUAGCCCUAUAAAACGUAGCAAUUCUUUUGUACUUCUAUGUUUUGUAUACUGUAGUGGUGAAUAUGGAACGUACUCAUCAAACACGCGAAACCCAUCAAUCCGCAGAAUGGAAUGUGAUAGGGUCUGAUGUAUGAUGUUGCUAGGCAACAUAACUUUUUCGCUGGAAGACGAGAGACACUCAACAACAGAGCAAAACUUCUGUCAAAUUAGUCACGAGCACAUUGCAUUGCUCUUCCGUUAUUUUUUCGAUAAAGAAAAAAAUGGCUGCUAAGACUGAUGCCAGUGAUCAGCUGUUUGCGCAAAGCAGCACCAAAGGUCUAUUAGAUGUUUCCGUGGACAAUUGCAACAUAAAAUGUGCAAAUUGCGACCAGAUUUUUUCGCCGGAUCAAUUCGAAGAGCAUGUUUGCGAGUACGAUGAACGCAAAAAGCGAAUUGAGCCGACUAGUAUUUUGGAUGACCAUCCGUGUUUUAAACAAAUCGAAGAAAAUAUUGAACAGUGGAAAAAGUUGACGAGGAAGGGGAAAAAUGAACAUGAUACCGACAAGCGAAAACGACCCACUGGGCUAAAAGACAUUCUUCGGGAAUUCCACAAUUGCACUCACUGUGAUAAAAAAUUUGUGCAUGCGUCCGGUCUCUCUAGGCACAUGAAUAAUUGUCAUCUGGAUAAAAUUGGCACGACAACGAAGCCACCCAAAGUUUCGACGAAAAAAUCUUCCGAACCAUUUAAGGUGUGUUUGAAAUGUCUAAAAUGUGGAAUGAUUUUUGGUUCAGUUGAUAAAAUGAUGGAACACAUAGAGAAUGCAGAUUGGGAACAUGAAAUGGAACAAACAAAUGGCAGCUAUAAGAAAAACGGAAACGUUUGCUUGCGGAAGGCAAUCCGCAUAGUGAUACUGACAACCGUAUUCCAAUGCGAAUUUUGCGAGAAACAUUUCUCGGACCUAUCUAGCUUAUACGAGCAUGAAUCAUUGCACGAUCCUGCAAUGGGCUAUGAAUGUUCGCUAUGUGAAAUCAAAAUAACACGCAUCAAAGACACUCUUAAUCAUAGAUUAAGCGAAUGCGUCUUUCGAGAAGCUUGGAAUGAGGAGUUCAAAAGUCUUUCUAAAUAUUUUGCCUGUAACGUUUGUGAUGAACAGUUUGCAAGUUUGCCAGCAUUAUAUGAGCACAGGUACGAGAACUAUCAUUUGUUUCCACGUCUGUCGAAGACAUACGACACUGAAAGUACUGAGUCGUUCAAAAUUGGUUGUGAGCUAUGCGGUGUAACCUUUGACAAUGCCGAAUCCAUAUUCACUCAUCACGUAGAUUUGCAUGCUCCCAAGAAGUCUAGUACUCUCGGAACACGUCGUCAACCGAAACCAAAUGCAUCAGUGCCAAGUUCUCCUAAUUCUGCAACUAGGCCUUAUUUGUGUGAGCUGUGUGGUAAAACUUACACUCAAUCGAGCCAUCUUUGGCAGCAUUUACGUUUUCACAAUGGUGUUCGUCCGUUUACUUGCCCAGAAACUGGGUGCAAUCGCAGCUUCACUAUUCGUCCUGAUUUGAAAGAUCAUAUUCGUAAAUGCCACACCGGUGAACGCCCGUACCACUGUUCGCUCUGCGAUAAACGUUUUCUCACCGGUUCCGUUUAUUAUCAGCACCGCUUGAUCCACCGAGGCGAAAGACGUUAUGGUUGCGAGGAAUGUGGCAAGCGUUUCUAUAGAGCAGAUGCACUGAAAAAUCAUCAGCGAAUUCACUCUGGUGAGAAGCCAUUCAACUGUCCCCACUGUGAAAAGCACUUUCGUCAAAGAGGGGAUCGAGAGAAGCAUAUACGAGUAAAGCAUAUGAAAAGAACGAAGAAUUGUUCGGACUAUGAGAGAAAGCCGACUACCGGUCGCGUUAAAGGAAAUAGACAAACGCUCCGUAGGGCAGCUAAGGCCACCUGCAAUGAAGAUGAAUAUCAUGAAAGUGGUGAACAUUACACCGAGGAAUCUUCGGUGGUUUAUGUCGGCGAAGUUGCACUACCGGCCAGCCUUUUCCAACCUAUACUGAAUGAUAUUGAUAUGCUAUGAAAUGCUGAAACAUAAAUCUACAUUUGGAACUUAGUGCGAGACAAAUUUCGAAAAUAUUUCCUAGUUUUAUUAUCACUUGCAUUAUGAAUACUUGAAACUCUUUCGUAAUUAUUACAUUACCUAAUAUAUAAUACAUGUAACC